UAACCUAUUCCAAUUUAUUAUUUUUUUUAAUUUUCACAUAAUAAUGGCUCUAUUAUUAAAGUUUAGAAAACCCGUCUUUAAUGUGCUAAAAAGUACACAAACAAUAACCGUUGGCGAAAGGAGUAUAAGCACAACGCCGUCAUUAUUAUGGUUUAAUCAAAAAUUCGCCCGUGCGGUUUCCUCCAAGGAAAGGGAAAAACGUUAUUUGGAAAAAGAUAGAGUUCCACAAAACUACACGUUAAUCUACAAAGCACCAAUGGAAUCAUAUGUAGCCUGGGCAAUGCAUGUUUCCACGGUGACAGCAUCUAUAAUCAGCACUGCUGCUAUUUAUCAAUAUGUCAAUAACCAACCGAUAUUGGAGCCACUCGAUACAACUCUUAUAAUGAAUUCAGACGAUAUUUAUUAUUUCGCAGCAGGCUUUUUGGCAAUAAAUGCUGCACUACGAUUGGUUGUCGCUAUGUUUCCAUUGCGAAUAUAUAAGGAUCAAGGAAAAUAUUUAGGAAUUUAUCAUUCUCAACUGCCUUUCAAUAUAAGUCAUCAUCAAUUUGAACAGGGUCAAGUAAAAGCGGUUUAUUAUAUAUUUAGUCCCUGGAAUAACGCUACUUAUAAAUUGGGCACUAAAACAUCAUUGUUAUUGGAGGAUUAUUUUAAAACCCCUUCAGAAUUUCAUAAAAUGCGCGAUAUUGAUGAAGAAAAAUAAAUUGUAUAAAUAAAAAAAUAAA